AUGUCGAUCAAAGGUGGGGAUCGGUUGACUUAUUUUAUGGCUCAUGUCCGGGACUUCCUUAUUGGAAGGGAAUAUAAUAAUUCUCUUAGAUAUGCUGAACAAUGCUCUAAACGGACUCAACCACCUGCUUAUCUUCCCAAUGGCAUAAAUGACAAGAUAUCACAUAAUGAUUACUUUGCUCGAGAUGGGCGACGCGAAGUUAAGAAACCUGUUGAUAUUUAUGUUUCUGGCCUGAAAAGGCUUGAAGCUGGGUCAGAAGAAUUUAAUUAACACUCUCAAGUGGUUGAACUCUGACACAAGAUGCUCAACAUCAUGUACAACGCAGGCUGCUGGUGAGGCGUUAAACUAACAGCCACGUAACAUUUAAUUCGGCAGAUUUCGUAAUCUGAUUGUCUUAAUAAUUAUUAACCUUGUAAUAGCUAACUUGGACCCUAAUUUAUAUUGUCUGUAAUUCUAAGUUCUUUCGUUUCAGUCACCUUCCUGGCUCUAGUGAAAAUUCGUGCUGCAAUUAUCCAUCUUAUCACCAAGUGUCUGCACUUUUUUAAGCUGUCGAUUAUUGCCAAAUUAAAUCCACUCGGUGUGAUGCAUUCAGAUUAGUUUUAAAAUUGAGUUUAUAAGUUGAGAUGUCUUUCACAUUACUUUCAUAUAUUUUUGAUUAUUCUUAUCAAUAUCGUUCGUAGGAACAUUUUUAACAUCAAUUAAGUGUAGCUACUCUGAACUAGUAAUUGAUAGUCUAGAAUCGUCCUUAUUGCGAAAUGGAGACUCAGUCAAUGGAUUCUACCCAUGAUAACUAGUUCAAAUACCACUAAACUGUGCACGCAGGUCAUUCCUUACUAAAAGAUUCAAUCACUUCUCAUUCCUGUGUAUGCAUUCAUGUAUUGGAAACGAAGAUAGCUGCAUUCGAGUUUUAUCGGAUACUUCCUAGUCGCUAAUAUGUAUUUUCCAGACUCAUCUGGAUUACAAAUUAUUGGGUUACCUUAUUUAUUUGUUAUUAUUUUAACACAUAGAUAUUGGUACAAGGA